UAUCCUGCGCUUCUCUCCAAUGUAGCCGAAGCAUUUAAAGAAAGUAUCAUUGUUGGCACAAGGGUAAAGGAUAACAUCAUGUACCAUGAUGUAUUUGACGGAAAAGAUGCUGUGGACAAGCUUUGCUCUAUUCUCAGAACACCAGAUCGAGACUUGGCAAUACUAAUCGGACGAGCAUUGAAUCACCAAAAAUACUUUCAUGACGUAAAUUAUGAGCAUAAACUAAGGGAUUCAGAUAAAGAACUAUAUCAAUUCAAAGAAUUAAAUGGGAUACCAACGCCAACAAAAAGAAAAAUAACUAAUAGAAAGGCAACAAAAGAUGAACGGAGGAAUGCGGGACUACCUAACGGAGUGUUCACUUUGUGGACACGCUGUUAUUCGCCAACUUGCUCUACUGACAAUACAUGCUACAGUAUAUCGUGUCCUACAAACAAUAGAAAGGGCUCUAGUCCAAUUAGGGAUAGCAAACUCAAGGUAGAAAGAUCAAUCAGCCAGAACUCACUGAAUGUUGAGAAAAGGGAAGAUAGACUAUGGCAGUAUACAGUUCCAAAAAGCGUCUUGAACAGUUUAUCACUAAAGGAAAGGAAUCGACAAGAAAAUAUAUUUGAAUUGAUUUAUACAGAACAAGACUUUGUGAACGACCUUGCUUAUGUAGAAGAGAGUUGGAUCCUUGCCUUGAAAAAUAGUGACUGCAUACAGAAAGAUAGACGUGAUCAAUUUAUUAAAGAUCUGUUUUGGAAUAUAUCUCAAGUUAGAAAAACAAAUCAGUUGCUCGUACAGGAACUCUCGUUAUAUCAGUCUACACAUCAAGUGGUUGAUCAGAUAGGACAUAUACUAUUAAAGCAUGUCAAAUCUUUUGAACCUUUUGUUAUUUAUGGUGCGCAUCAGCUCAUUAGCAGGCAUAUUUUCGAAACUGAAAAAUCAUCAAACCCUGCUUUUGCAAAGUUUGUCGAGAAUGUUGAAAAACUUCCUGAAUCACGCAAACUGGAGCUAAAUGGUUAUCUGACAAAGCCAACGACGCGUUUAGGUCGAUACAACCUUCUAUUAAAAGAGAUAUUGAAAAGAACACCAGAAGAUAGUCCGGAUAUAGCAGCACUUCCAAAGGUAAUGGAAAUAAUCAGCAAUUUUCUGUCCAGAGUCAAUGAAGAAGUAGGAAAGACGGAAAACAGAUUUUGUUUACAGCUCUUACAUGAAAAACUAUCGGAUGCUACAAAGAAUUAUCCGUAUAAGGAUGAACUAAACCUACUAGCUGAGGAACGUCGUAUUAUAUUGAAAGGAAGCUUAAAAAGAAAAGUUUUAAAUCACGCAUCUGAAGCAGCAGAUAUUCAUAUUUACAUACUGGAUCAUUGCUUGCUUAUCAUGAAAUCAAAAUAUUUUGAUCACACCGAAAAAUACAAAUUAUAUAAAAAGCCUAUCCCUCUUGCUUUAUUGACUAUCUCAUUGCCUGAGCCUAACAAAAGGUCAAGUUCAAUUAUACCUUAUACAAUAGGAUCAUCAACAGAUACCAUAUUCCUUCUACCAUCUUACUCUACCUCGUCCACCGGAAGCAAUAGUCAUAAAACAAGAUUUCCCCUAAACUUUACUCACUUGGGUCGACAUGGUUCAGGCACUCUGACAUUGUAUGCCUCUACGUUAGCAAGUCAGAGGAAGUGGUUAGACACAAUCGAGAACCACAAGAGGAUGAUAAUGGAGCAAACAAGAGCGUUUAAUAUUGAAAAUAUUAGUCAUCAAUUCUUCAACACUUUCUUCAAAGUAAACUGUGCGGCUGCCUAUAAUCUCUUUCUAUUUAUUGGCUGUGAUCAUGGAAUAUAUGUUAAACACUUGGAUAAGAACGAAGAUGACGAACAUGAAGGAAUCAGGCGUAUUUUGCACCUCAACAAAGUUUCACAGAUUGAUAUACUGAGCGAUUUAAAAAUCAUGUUGAUAUUGGCUGACAAAACACUGUACUUUUGCUGCUUGGACACAUUAAUAGAUGGAGAGAAUCUAUUGACUACAAUGCGCCAUUUGCGAAAGAUAAGCAGCAGUGUCUCAUUUUUUAAAGUGGGAAAAGUGUUUGACAAGACGACGUCUGCAGAUAAACCAGUAGAAAGAACCCUCAUUUGCUAUGUAAAAUACAAUGCGAUGACAUCAACUAUUCGCGUACUUGAGCCUCGAUCAAAUGCACAGGAUAUGAAAAAGAAGAAAGUUAGCAAGGGCACAGGUGUCUUUAUGAAGACAAAUGCAGCAGACUCGCUUUGCUUAUUUAAAGAUUUGUACAUACCGGGAGAAGCUACUUCCAUUCAAUUCUUUAAAAGCGUUGUCUGCGUUGGAAGCGCCAAAGGUUUCCAAAUGGUCGAUAUAGCGUCAGCAGGAGUUCAAAGCGUAUUAGAUCCAAAUGAUCAAAGUCAUCAGUUUAUCAAGCAAAGGGAGACACUUCGGCCAAUCUCAAUGUUUAAGCAUCCUAAUGGAAGUAUUUUACUUUGUUAUAAUGAAAUCGCCUUUUGCAUUGAUAGAAAAGGUCGAAGAAUAAAAUCAGACUGGAUGAUCGAGUGGGAAGGGCAUCCUCACAGCUUUUCUUUUUACCAUCCUUUCAUUCUAGCGUUUGAUAGCAGCUUUAUAGAGAUUAGACAUGUAGAUACUGGAAAGCUAGUGCAAGUUAUACCAGGAAUCAAUAUACGAUGUUUACAGCCCAACAGUACUACUGAAACAACCAUUUACUGCGUAAGAGAAGAUGAACAUAGAACAGGAACUGAGAUUAUUUUCGGUUUAAGGAAAUAAUAAUAAAAAGACAGAAACUACAAUAUGCUCUUUUCAUUUAUUUACUAGUAAUUUAACGUCUCUUGAGUUGGUUAUCAAGGGUGUAUCGUUGUUGUCCAAGCCAUGAAUUGGGGAAAGCUUUGGCCAUAAUGAUAUCUUUGGUUGCUCUUCUCGACAUAUCGUACCAUGCAGAGAUAAUAAGAUGUUGCUCACGACGAGACUGAAGACGAAGUUCAUGAAUUUGCUUCUUGAGCUUCUCUGUUUCUUCUUCACGAAGUGCAACUUCAGCUUUUAAUGAUGAAACAGCUUCAUCAAAAUUGCCAGAGUUUCCAUCAUACUUUUGCUCUUUUAAUAAUUUAUCUUGUUGCUUGAUAAACUAUUAUUGACAAAGGUAAAUUCUUUGCAUUAUUUUAAUUAAUUCUUUUUUCCUAC